AUGGAGUCCUCCCACCUGCCCAUACAGAUCUGCGAGGCUAUCAUGGAGGACCUCGUCGAGUUCACGCACGAGAUACUCUACCUGGCAACCGUCGCCGUCUGGCAAGACACGCUGUGCGCGUGUGCUCUAACCUGCCGCGCAUGGCGCGCCCCCGCCCAGCGCCUCCUCUGGGCCUUCCCCCACAUCCUCGACGGCGCGCGCCUCGCCCACUUCACCGCAGCCCUCCGUACCACCGCCCCAUCCCACUCGCUCACCACACUCCUGCUCGCCGACAACACCUUCUACCAAAAGGCCUACUGCCACGACACCGCCGGCGCGCUCUUCGCCCUGCCAUUCCCGCAUCUCCAGGAACUGCACUACCACGACGUCCGCUUCGAGCGCGGGCCCCUCCUCCCGUUCCUCCGUGCGCGGCUGCCGUUCUUCGCCAGGGUCACCGUCCUCGACCUGCGGCGCGGCAUCUACCACUCGCUGCGCGUGCUGCUGGACACGGUGUGGGGCUGCCCGAACCUCUCCACGCUGCGCAUCACCGAAAGCGAGUUCUACCCGGGCCGUUCUUCGGCCAAGCGGAACGCGCAGCUGUCUGCCGCCUGCGAGCACGCGCGCGGAUGCCAGAAGCUCACAAGCCUCACGCUGGACGAGUGCACGCUGCAGGCACGUCCUGCACCGCUGCUACCGCGCAUGGCCGGGAUCGCUGACGACCGAGCAUCGCACACGUAG